AUGGGUUCUUUGCAAGCUCAUGAAGCAAGGAUGAAUAGGUCACUAGAAAAAUUUGAAGACAAGGCAUUUCAAGUGAAGGAGGAGUCAUCCAUUCAACAAGACAAGUUUGGAGAAAGAGGCUAUGGAAGAGAAGCAAAUUGCUGGAGCAGAGAAGAGCAAGCAAACUAUGUAGAAGAAAAUGAAGAGGAAAGUAUGUUGUUCAUGGUUCAUUCUAGUGCUAACGAUGUUUCAAAUGAAGUAUGGUUUUUAGACAGUGGCUGUUCUAAACAUAUGUCUGGAGUAAGAUCAAUGUUCAAGGAGCUUGAUGAGUCACACAAGUUGCAGGUUAGACUUGGAGAUAAUAAGCCCAUUCAGGUUGAAGGGAAAGAGAAAAAGUCAGGUCAUACAAUAGUCAAUGUUCGUAUGACAGAAAAUAAAAUGUUUCCUCUUGAGGUUUCCAGUGUACAAGGUCAAGCUCUUGUUGUUGGGAAGGAAAAUGAUUCUACUUUGUGGCACUUACGGUAUGGGCAUUUGAAUAUCAAUGGCCUGAAGUUGCUCAGUCAAAAAGGAAUGGUUCUUGGGCUUCAAAAUUUUAUUCUCUCGACUCUUUAUGUGAGGCAUGUGUUUAUGGAAAGCAAAGUAGAAAGUCAUUUCCUGUCGGAAAAGCAUGGAGGGCUACUAAUUGUCUUGAAUUAG